AUGUAAAUUACAUAAAAUUCACACUCUCCACCGCCUGCAAAAAAACAGCAUCUCAAAUUGCAUGUGUAGCCUAUACAAUUGCCAGAUGCUAAUAUGUUGAAUAAAACCACAGGCAAUUCGGAUCCAGAGAUCGGUAGUAAAUCAAUUAAAACUGAGAGAAUCACGGCAUUCAAGCAGAAUAAAAAGUUUCACAUUAAGUAAGUUUAACACAACACUCAUAACAGAUUGCAAACAAAUCAUCCGCGACUUAUGCAAUAAGAGAAUGAUGGUUUAUCUUUGAUAUUGUAUAAAUAAUCCCAGACAUCCACAGCAGAGAAAAUUAUCACAAAAUAACUAGUCAAUGAUUUGAGAAAUAAAAUAGAUUCACAGGACUCUGUCAUCAGAUUGUAGGAGUUCAAAAUUAAUAGACUACAAUAGGAACUGUUAUCUCAGAAAUAAUAUUGCUCCAAUUUAUUAGCUAAAUUAUAUUAAAAUGAUCCCAAAAGUUAAUACAUGAGCUCAGUAAAGGUUCCCAAAUUAGGUAUUCAAUUUCACGAAAACACCCAAUUCAGCUCGCAAUAACCAUCUAUGUUAAAGGUAUCCAACAACAAUGACAUUAUUAAAAUCAAGAAUCUGCUAAGCUAAAUUAUAUCAUUCAAACAAUAAUAGAAUGAUUUCAAAAAUUUCAUUAAGGAAACUUUUUCAUCUAUCAAAAACUUAAUUUUAUCCUUUGAAACAUUAUCAACAGAAAAAAUUAAAAGUGUUCAGAUGGAAAAUAAAUCCAUUUUAAAUUCUCUUGAAGAAAUGAUCAAAAUUAACAACAUACAAAAUAAGGAAGAGCUAAGCAAAAUCAAUCAAAAGGCUGAAAUCAUUUGUUAAGAAUUAGUUCUUGCUGAAUCACAAAAGGAGGUCUACUAUUAAAAAUGUCUUUCAUUAUUAAGUUGA